AUGGCCUCCAGUAGUAUUAAUUGUAUUUCUUCUGCCUUGGAUGAUCUGGAGUUGCUGAAGAACUACUGUCCAGAAUCUCGACGUCCGUCGGGACGUCGAUACUUGGAAGGGUAUGGAGAUUUGCGACACCUGCAAUUUCGGCUGACAAUUCUUAGAACAUUUCUUCUGUGUGCGAGAAACUUGGGCAACGAUGAUGAUGAUGCAAGCCUAAAAGCACUCAUAACUAGGAUUAAAGAUGCCAUUUCGGAAUGGAGACAGGAGAUUCACACCUGCUAUCUUACUGCUGUGGAAGGUGGAUUUCCUAAGAACGAGUUGAGAGCUGUGAGUAAUAAAGUACAGGAAGACAUCACAUCUUUUGUGCUAGAAAUUGAGGAAUGGUACUUGGUUUUCUCAGAUCGCUCAUUAAGGCAGUCUAAUAAUCCCCCUAUGCAAAAAGAUGACCUUGUGGAAUUCAUCAACUCUCUUCUGGAGUAUCUACCGAACUUUGAUACCUACAGAGUAUUUGCAGGUAUUCAAGUUGCAGAAGAGCGAAGCAAAGCCCUUAAAGAUAAGCUAACAUUCAUGAAAAACUUAAUCUGUUUUGUUACAUUGCGGGGCGUUGAAGUUGGUCAAUUGGGACCUUUAUUGACUCAUACUGGAGUUCUGGCUAUCAAUGCAGCGGAUUUCUCUUUCAGGUACUGGAUUCAUGAUUGUCCCAGUUACCGGAGUCGUUAUAAUAACAAUAUCCAAAUGCUAAAAGAGCAGCACAUGGUUGUUGUUCCUGUAGAGUCUUGUGUACAGGCACUCAUUGCCUCAAAUCUAUCAAAAGAAUCAUAUAGCGAAUCAGAUGAGCAUAUAUUCAUAUAUCUUGUCGAUGUUCUGCUAUGUAAUCUUUGGGAGAUAGUAAAGUCUGGCACUUGUUUUUUGAUUUCCGUAAAGGAUCAACUGCAAAUGCUUUAUGAAGGACUAAGUUUCUUGAGAACCAAUCUCAAGGAGAAGCCAAAGAAGUUCGAUGAGAAAUUGAGACAUCUUAUUGGACUCACGGUCUGUGAUGCAGGACUUGUUAUUUGCUCUCUUUCUCCAAAAGCAAAGAGAGAUGGUUUGAUCAAGGAAAUGGAUAUUGUGUAUGCCGCUUUUCUGGAAAGGAUUAAGCUUAUCAAGGCAACAGUUGCGGGGAAACGUCUAGAAACAUCAUCAUUCUUUCCUAGGACCAAUCAGUUGGGUUUCAUUGAUUUUCUUCUAGAAAAUAUGGUCGAUCUGACAAGUCCUGAGGGUGGUUCAAAUGCUCUUGUAAAUCAUCCAGUUAGACCAAUCCAUGAAGAACUUGUUUCCUUGCGCACUUUUUUGGGGAAAAUUGUGGAGUUGCGAAAUGAAGAUAAGGUGCUCCAAGAUCUUUGGAAUAGUGUCGUUGAGGUUGCAUGCAGGGUAGAGUUUCUUAUUGACUCGUUAAUGGUUGGCGAUAUUCUAGAUUCUUCUUCAAUGUCGUUUCAUUCCAUUUUGGCAGAAAUUAAGAUCAUUAAAUUUAAGGCCUUGAACAUUUGUAAGAGCAAUAGGCUCGAUGGAGAAGUUAAGGAAGCUACCAAGAGAAUAGAUCACAUGCCAUCACAGGAAAAUACGCCAAAAAUCAAUGAAGUGGUGGUGGGAUUUGAGGAUGAGGCAAAUUUGAUUAUCAAUCGACUCACAAGAGGAUCACGACAGGUGCAAAUUAUUCCCAUUGUGGGUAUGCCAGGACUUGGUAAGACAACUAUAGCUCACAAAAUUUACCACGAUCCCAUAGUUAUGUCCCAUUUCCAUCUGCGUGCUUGGUGUUCUAUAUCUCAAGUAUAUCACAAGAAAAAUCUGUUUCUUGAAAUUUUGACCUGUAUUCUUCCAAACACAUUUUUUAACAAGAGUGAAGAAGAAUUGGCUGAAGAAAUCUACAAAUGUUUGAAAAGGAACAGAUAUCUCAUUGUUUUGGAUGAUAUAUGGGACAUUGAAGUAUGGAAUGAAUUGCAAGCCUCAUUUCCUAAUGAUGCAAAUGGAAGCAGAGUUAUCAUGACAAGUCGACUUCGUGAUGUUGCUCCGCAAGAUAAACUGGAUAAAAGAACCUCAUUCUCUUCGUCAACUCACUCAUGA